AGUAGGGUUGGAUGGGGGAAGAGAUCAAAACGAACUGGAGGUGGAGUUGUUGGGGUUGAACAUAGCAGCUAUUCUUGGGCUUUUUCGCUUUCUGGGAUCUCUCCUGCCUGCAUAUAAAGAGAAGCAAGUAGGGGACUACAGGUGAGGUUUCCUCUUAGCAGAUUCAAAGUUUUUGUUGCUAUAUGCAACUCUGUCAUGUUCAAACCACCAGCUACAAAUACAAAGACAAGAGGGAGUGAAGUAUUUGGAGAUGCUGUUUAACACUUAAAAGAAAAACCUAGUGAACUGAAACUGAUAUUUCAUCUCUGCUUCAGAACCUGUAAAAAGUACUUGAGGAUCAUGGAUUUUCCAGGACACUUUGAGCAAAUCUUUCAGCAGCUAAACUACCAGAGGCUUCAUGGCCAACUUUGUGACUGUGUCAUUGUGGUGGGAAACAGGCAUUUCAAAGCCCAUCGUUCAGUUCUGGCAGCGUGUAGCACACAUUUCCGAGCUCUCUUUACUGUAGCAGAGGGUGAUCAAACUAUGAACAUGAUUCAGCUGGAUAGUGACGUGGUGACAACAGAAGCUUUUGCUGCUCUGAUUGAUAUGAUGUACACUUCUACGCUAAUGCUUGGGGAGAGCAAUGUUAUGGAUGUCUUGCUGGCUGCUUCUCACCUACAUUUGAACUCUGUUGUUAAAGCAUGUAAACAUUACCUUACUACCAGGACACUACCGAUGUCUCCACCUAGUGAUAGAAUUCAAGAGCAAAAUGCGCGCAUGCAAAGAUCUUUCAUGCUUCAGCAGCUUGGACUGAGCAUUGUGAGCUCUGCAUUAAAUUCCACUCAGAGCACAGAGGAACAACCAAAUACCAUGAGCUCAUUGAUGAGAAGUAACAUAGAGCAACGCGCUACUUUUCCUAUCCGGCGUCUCCACAAGCGUAAGCAGUCUUCUGAUGAUCGGGCCAGACAGCGAGUCAGACCUACUGUAGAUGAGUCUGUCUCAGGUGUUACUCCAGAGAGUGGGCAGUCAGUAGCUCAUUCGCGAGAAGAUUUUUUUUCACCAGAUUCACUGAAGAUUGUGGACAAUUCUAAGGCUGAUGCUGUUACUGAUAAACAGGAGGAUAAUACUAUUAUGUUUGAUCAUUCUUUCAGUGCUCAAGAAGAUGUUCAAGUGCCCAGCCAGUCAGACAACAGUGGAGGAAACGUUUCACAGAUAUCCAUCGCAUCCCAGGUAAUAGAAGUGGAAACCAGUUUUGAUCAGAAAACUACUUCUGAGAAAAACAACUUAUCAUGUGAAAAUCCAGAAGUCAGUCUAAAUGAAAAAGAACACAUGGAGGUGAUGGUUAAAUCUGAGCCUUUGAGUUCCCCAGAGCCUCAAGAUGAAGUGAGUGAUGUCACUUCUCAAGCAGAAGGCAGUGAGUCUGUUGAAGUGGAAGGAGGAGUGGUGAGCGCAGAGAAGAUAGAACUGAGUCCUGAAAGCAGUGAUCGUAGCUUUUCUGACCCACAGUCCAGUACUGAUAGGGUGGGAGGCAUCCAUAUUAUGGAGGUGUCAAAUAACCUGGAACACAAGUCCACUUUCAGUAUCUCAAAUUUCCUGAAUAAAAGCAGAGGUGGCAACUUUGGUGCUAGUCAAAAUAGCAAUGACGACAUUCCAAAUACAACAAGUAACUGCAGAAUGGAUGGUGAUGCCUCUUACCUAAUAAGUUCAGAGUCUGGGCCUGCUAAUGGUCAUUCCUCUGCUACAGUUUCUCAUGUAGAGAAUCCAUUCAGUGAGCCUGCAGACUCUCAUUUUGUUAGACCAAUGCAGGAUGUAAUGAGUCUUCCCUGUGUACAGGCUUCUGGGUACCGAGCUGCAGAACAAUUUGGUAUGGAUUUUCCGAGGUCAGGUUUGGGCCUGCACUCUUUGUCAAGGACAAUGAUGGGCUCUGUAAGAGGUGGAGCUAGUAGCUUUCCUGGCUACCGUCGCAUAGCCCCCAAAAUGCCUGUUGUGACCUCUGUCAGGAGCUCCCAGCUGCAAGAUAACUCUUCCAGUUCCCAGCUGUUAAUGAAUGGGACCACUUCUUCUUUUGAAAAUGGGCAUCCUUCACAACCUGGUCCACCACAGUUGACAAGGGCAUCUGCAGAUGUUCUUUCAAAAUGUAAGAAGGCCUUAUCUGAGCACAAUGUCUUGGUUGUAGAAGGUGCUCGCAAAUAUGCCUGUAAGAUCUGCUGCAAGACUUUUUUGACCCUAACAGACUGUAAGAAGCACAUCCGCGUGCAUACAGGAGAAAAGCCUUAUGCCUGUUUAAAGUGUGGCAAACGGUUCAGCCAGUCCAGCCAUCUAUAUAAACAUUCCAAAACAACCUGCCUGAGGUGGCAGAGCAGCAAUCUACCUAGCACUUUGCUUUAA